UGCCCGCUGUUUGCGCCCGGCACUUUCCGGUGCUCGCAUUCGGUUGCGCACUUCUGGCUGUUGUUUGUUUCAGAAUUCAGUUUAAUGUAGCCUGUAGGUGUAACUCACGAUCAAUUUGUACUCUGUACAUGGUCUGGACUUUGCUAUUAGUAUUUCGAAAGAAUUUAAAUUAAUACCGAUUAGACAUCGAACGUGGUCCAGGGCACCUUAUUAAACCCGACCGCCACUCUGGCCACCCGGAAGACCAGAUACAGCAGACUCGAGAGGUUAUUCUGGAGUUGAUGAUGUAGCAAACGAUUCCCGAUAAGUUAACUGUUGCACGCUGUGAUUUUUCUCCUUGCAGCCCCAGAUGGACUGCACGCCAAUGUUUCCGGCAUUUCGACGGCUUCUGGUUGGGAACGAGUCGAUCAGUUACCAGAAUACUGUCUGUGUGCAGACGGAGCAGGACGACGGCAGUGCCUGGCUGGGGUACAUCCAGGACAUUGCCGGUGACGAGGUACUGGUGGACUUUGACUCGUCCACGCAGCCGGCGCGCCGCGUCCCGGCCGCGCGCGUCUGGCCGAUUCCCUUACCUCCCCGCGAUCCGUGCUCGGCAGAGUACUUCGGUUACCCCGACCAGCCGGUCUUCGUGGCGCUCCGCGAUGAAUACGCCGGUCCCUUCCGCUUCCGUCCCGCGACGGUGCUGCGCUGCGUUGGCGAAUGCCAGAUGUACGUGGUCUCCACGAACGUGCCGGGAACUGACGCAGCUACCACUUUGGCCGUUGUGGAUCGCUGCCAGAUUCUGAGAGAACUGCCGAUCGGCGAAGCAGCGCUGCUAGCGCGAACCAGCGGCCUCCUCUAUGUCAAGCAUGAAAUUGCCAAUACGACCAUGCUAUUUGGGCAAACAACUGCCGUGUCGGUGCUAAUUGACCUUUUUCGGGAAGAAUACCGUUCGCACCCAUCGCUGGCGGGUAUUGCGGACAGCUGUCGUUUCAGUCUGCGAUUCGAAUGGAGCACCUACAGUUUUAUUGUCGUUAGCAGCCGGAACGACCUCACCACCAAGAACUGGAUAGGGGACUCACUGUGGAGAAUAAUGCGCAGAUAUGCAACGGACGGUGUCAAGCGGCCGGUCAUUCGUACGAGCUGGACUGCUUACUGGCUUGAGGGAUGCAGGCGCAGCACCGAAAAUAAAAGCAAAGCGCCCACAGAUGUCGAUAGGAGUUGCCCGACUGCGUGUCUGUGUCAUCUGCCGCCCAUACUGUUGACCGAGGCGCUGCAAGAUCUGGACCUGCACACGCACGCAAAAGCCAGACGAGAGUGUGCGUUAUGGCAAACAAUACUGGACCAUCCACGGACUACACAACGCAUUCGUGUCGCGACAGAACAUCUGGCCACAACGGAAUGCGGAGACCACCUGAACUGCUGCCGCACCGCGAUGGCGUUGAGCCGGAGAAUCAGCGGCGCUACGAAGAGUCUGACCAUCGUCGCACGUGCCCAUGACUGGCCGGCGGAACAGUUUAACUGGCACGUCGUCUGGUGCGCGCUGGACUUAUUGCGGGUCCUCCACAUCAAACUGCCGGUCCUGGCGGUGAAGUCCUUCUGCUUGACACUCAGGAUACCGGAAAUUCUGCAAGACUUGCGGCCACACUGCGCGCGCCUGAUCCUCCAUGUACUGGACAUCGGGCGAGCGCUGUUUUCUACGAUGGAAUCCGAUGUCCACGGGUUACUUCCAGGUUGGUUUUCCUUACCCGCGGAGGAGCUUCGUCUCGUCAACGUGCAAGAGUAUCCCACCGAAGACAGUUGCGCUUUUGAGGAGACGCUGAUCGGCGUUCCCCGUCUGAUCUGUGACUGGCAGGAUGGCUGGCCGCACACCCGACGCAGCUUCAUGUGGGCCUAGGACCGACAGUUUCCCCCGGCCACGGCCGAGGUGCUAGCCAGAGUGGCUGCUGUAUACACGCGCUGGCGCACGGCUCUGGCCAACCCGGAGCACUGGCAUGUCGUCCGCGGCUUCUUCUCCAAGCCGCAAAAGAAAACACCGGGUUGGACAACAGAAUUGCGGUGUGCUGGGCUUCAGGGGCGAUUUUGCUGGCUGCAGGUACAGCGGAUUCCGGCCGGAUGGCAGUCCGCGCGAGUGGGACGAUGUCGACCUGCUAACGGUGGAGCUGGGCCAACUCAGCAAACUGGCACUGUGGGGCAUCUACGAGCUGUAUGCCAAGCCGGAAUACAGCGGAUUGUUUAGUGACGAUGAGGAUGGUGGUGGCACUGGCGGUGAUGUCUCUUGAUACAAUCACUAUUCCAUAAAUACAGAAUCAGCGAGCGCAUGCACUCGGCAGAAUUGUGAAUCCAUGUUUUCAUUAUGAAGGGUUCUGAUAUUUAAUAAAGUUCUGUCUUUUCUGAACUGAAAUCAGUGGAUGUGUCCACGCGGCCCCGAACGCCAGACAGUUGACUGUUGUAGCGUAUCCGGUGAAGUCUGUAUUAGGGUUGUUAACGGUGCGGUUUUUUACCAGUGCACCGGUGCGGUUUGAAAAAAUUGCGGUGCAAUUUCAAAAAAUAAAUUGGUAUAGGCGGUGUGGUUUUUAUCAAAAAUUACACCGGCACACACCGGUGCGUUCGGGUAACCGCGUCGACGUACACCGGUUAACAACCGGUUAAUCGAAGAUAUCGCAAUUUCGUAAUUUUAAAAAAAAAUAAAGUUCAUUAAUUCACGCUGCAGGCUGGGUUCGCGCUCACGGCGCGCACCGGCCGUGGCGGGCGUAGCUCUAUAUGGCUGUAACGUGUGUGAGUGUUCACUCAACGGCAGUCACAAGUUUAAACUCAGAGCGCGCCUGAUACCACAGCUGCUGCAACAACUGGACUGCCAUAAGAAAGAAAAUGUGUAGCGCUGUAGCAAACGAGUUGCACGGCUUCAGUCAAUAAGAAUCCGAGAAAAUCUGGUUUCGAAAUUUUUUGCCUUCAAUCUUCAUGACAGUUUUUCUUCGACUGGAUACAUCUUGUUAGCGAUGCCUUUAGGGGGCUUAUCUCUUGCCCAAGAAAUCCGUCGGGAUAGAGAGGAAAGCGCAGAACGCGCUGCGUGUGGCGUUGAUCAGCAGUUCGACGAUGAGUCUUUUAGUACCAGCAUCUCCAGCCAGCGCGGUCUCUGCGGAUGGGAGCCAAGGCACAUCUCAUAAGCUGCCGUCUUCCAGUAAACUAUCCGAAAUCUGGCAGCACUUUACAGAGGAUGCCGAGAGGAAAAAGUACGUGUGUCGUUAUUGCUCCGCCAGCUAUAAGGACUCCAACUCGACAACUAUUUUGUGGACUCACGUAAGAACCAAGCACCCGAGCAAAUUCGACGCUGGAGAGAAAGGAAAAAAGCGUGCCAUUCCAGAACUGUUUCUUGCAAAACCGGUUAAACUGGACAAGAAAAACAGCAGCAGAUUGACUAUCUGUUACCCCGCUUGAUUGUCGCUGCAAACCUUUCUUUCCGAAUCGUGGAAACAGAGGAACUGGAGGAAUUGUUUCGUGAGUUGAAUCCGGCUUAUAGAGUGCCUUGUCGUCAGACAUUGAAAGAAAAUGUGAUGAGCGAGUAUGAGAUUAUGAAAGAAAAGAUUAAGAAGAUACUGGCCAGCGCUCCUGGCAGAAUUAGUAUCACGUAGGAUACUUGGACGUCGGUUGGACAGGAAGCCUUCAUGGCCGUGACGGCGCACUGGAUUACAGCAGACAACACUUUUGCGCAGAUUUUACUGGACUUCAUAGAUCCCGGCAUUGAGCAUACUGCGGCGAAUUUGAAAGCCACUGUUCUUGGAAUACUGAAUGAGUACGGCAUUGCGCAUAAGACAUUCGGCUUUACAGUGGACGGAGCGGCAAACA